AUGAACAAAGAACAGCGAGUCGUCAUCAUCGGGGCAGGCGUCUUCGGCCUGAGCACCGCCCUGCAACUGAGUAGCGAGGGAUACAAGAGCGUGGUUGUGCUCGACCGUCACACCCCGCCGGUCCCCGACGGAUCCAGCGUCGACAUAUCGCGCGUGAUCCGGUUCGACUACGGUGAUGGGACGCACACGGCGAUCGCUAAGGAGGCGUACGACCUGUGGGCUACGUCGCCGCUGUACAAGGACGUCUUUUUCCCGACCCCGUUUGUCGUGACGGCGACCAACGCGCCGGGACGGUCUUACAUCGACAAAUGCCUGCAUAACCUAGACCAGCUGUCGCUGCCGUACCAGCGCCUGCAGGACGCGCAGCUUACCAAGCGCAUCUUCCCUGCGUUGACGGGCGACCUGGGGGGCGCUAGCUUCCACGGGUACUGGAAUUCGGCGGCCGGUUGGGCAGACGCGCAGCUUGCCAUCACCCUCCUGCGCGACCAGUGCAUCGAGGCCGGGGUGUCGUUCAUCAGCGGCGCGCGCGGCACGGUGACGGCGUUUCGCAGGCGUUUGGGGACGUCGCAAAUCGUAGCCGUCCAGACCCGCAGCGGCAACCAUGUCGAGGGGGAUAUCUUCGUGCUGGCGGCCGGCGCGUGGUCGUCGAGACUGGCCCCGAUGCGCAACACCGUCUUGGCCACAGGCCAGGUCGUCGGAUAUCUGAGGUUGAGCGAGCUGGAGAUGGACCGCUACCAAAACCUGCCCAUCUACAUCAAUUUCGACUCAGGCUUCCUACUGUUCCCGCCACACCGCCGUUCCGGCUAUCUCAAGUUCAUGGUGCACGGCUACGGCUACACCAGACAGGUGAAAAACGGCGACAUCAUCGAGACUCUAUCCUCCCCGACACUGAAGCCCCGCAGCGCACGCACCAACUUUGCCCCGAGUGACGGCGUCGAUCAACUGCGUAAAGGUCUGGCGAAAGCGCUCCCGGAGCUAGCGGACCGAGCCUUCGAACGGGCAUGCAUCUGUUGGUACAACGACACGCCAACGGGCGAGUUUGUGCUCGACUACCACCCAGACCAUGAGAACCUGUUUGUCGCGACCGGCGGGAGUGGACAUGCCUUCAAGUUCCUUCCUGUUCUCGGAAAGUACAUCGUCGGGGCCAUGAAGCGCGACCUUCCGCUCGACCUCUUGCAUAAAUGGCGCUUCCGCACCGAGUACUGCCAGGCGCAGGACUUGUUCAAGGGCGAUGGCAGUCGAGGGGGUCCGCAUAGGAGAGAGUUCUUGGCUGAGGAGAGAGCUAAGAUGUAG